GGCUGGUGCGGCUGGUGCGCGGGGCCGCCCGGGUCGGGUGCGGGGCCCGGCGCAGCCUCAGGUCGGUCUCCGGCUCCGGCUCCGGCUCCGGCCCCGCGCCCGGGAGCGGCGUUCCGGGCCAAGUGGACUUCUACGCUCGCUUCUCCCCGUCGCCGCUCUCCAUGAAGCAGUUCCUAGACUUCGGAUCUAUGAAUGCUUGUGAGAAGACUUCAUUUAUGUUCUUGCGGCAAGAAUUGCCUGUUAGAUUGGCAAAUAUAAUGAAAGAAAUAAGUCUUCUUCCAGAUAAUCUUCUCAGGACUCCAUCUGUUCAGCUGGUACAAAGCUGGUAUAUUCAGAGUCUUCAGGAGCUUCUUGAUUUUAAGGAUAAAAGUGCUGAAGAUGCUAAAAUUAUAUAUGACUUUACAGAUACUGUGAUACGCAUCAGGAACAGACACAACGAUGUUAUUCCCACGAUGGCCCAAGGGAUUAUCGAAUAUAAGGAAAGCUUUGGGGUGGAUCCAGUUACCAGCCAGAACGUUCAGUACUUCUUGGAUCGUUUCUACAUGAGCCGCAUUUCCAUUCGAAUGUUACUCAAUCAACACUCCUUACUGUUUGGUGGCAAAGGUAGCCCAUCUAUUCGCAAACACAUUGGAAGCAUAAAUCCAAACUGCAAUGUCGUGGAAGUUAUAAAAGAUGGCUAUGAAAAUGCUAUGCGUCUGUGUGAUUUGUAUUAUGUUAACUCUCCUGAACUAGAACUUGAAGAAUUAAAUGCAAAAUCACCAGGACAUCCCAUACAAGUGGUUUAUGUACCGUCCCAUCUCUAUCACAUGGUGUUUGAGCUUUUCAAGAAUGCCAUGAGAGCAACCAUGGAGCACCAUGCUGACAAAGGGGUUUACCCGCCCAUCCACGUCCAUGUCACCUUGGGGAACGAAGACCUGACAGUGAAGAUUAGUGACCGAGGAGGUGGUGUUCCCUUGAGGAAGAUCGACAGACUCUUCAACUACAUGUAUUCCACGGCACCCCGGCCUCGUGUCGAGACGUCCCGAGCAGCGCCCUUGGCUGGUUUUGGCUAUGGACUGCCCAUUUCACGUCUUUAUGCGCAGUACUUCCAAGGAGACCUAAAGCUGUAUUCCCUGGAGGGUUACGGGACUGAUGCCAUCAUCUACAUUAAGGCGCUGUCCACGGAGUCCAUAGAGAGGCUCCCAGUGUACAACAAAGCAGCCUGGAAGCAUUACAACGCCAACCACGAGGCGGAUGACUGGUGCGUCCCCAGCAGAGAGCCAAAGGACAUGACAACCUUCCGAAGCGCCUAGAAAUCCCUCAGGAGAUCCGAAAAGCCCCCAAGUGGCAGCUAGAUUUAGUCUGGAAACAGUGUGCAGAACCACAGUAGACCAGGUUCUUCACAGCGUUUCUACAGUGAACUAUUUGAGCAAGAUAAAUGGAAAGAGAAUUCCUUUCCGACCUGCUUCCCCACUCCUCAAGGAUGACUGUACUUGUAUGAGUUACAUGUUUGCAGCUAAUUGAAUGCAGUUUUAAACAACUAUAGUAUUGAUCAGAUUUCCUCUAUCUGAUGAUAGUCUUCAGAAAAACGAAAUUCAGUCUUUGGGUUUCAGCAAGAAAUUGAUAUUUUCAAAAUACUUUUUACUUAUAGUCUGUCUUGUAGAAGCAUUUUCUUUAUAACACUGGUGAACCGCCCCUUCUCUGUUUUUUUGGAUGAGAUCUGCCAUCUUUUAUUUAGCAGCAGCAGCUAUGAGAAGAUGGUCUUCAACCCAGAAAUAGGGCUCAGUGACAAGCAAAGGCCAUGAGUUAAACUCCCAAGGCUGCCCACACAUACUCACAUGAACUUCAUUGCCUCUGACCUGGGUCCUACCCAGUCCUGAAAAGAGGGUUUUCAGGUUUAUCAGUGAUGAUAAACUAAAGCAAAGCAGAAAAAAGUUGCCCGAUAGGUAUAGAAAGUAUAGAAUUAACCCCCUUUCAGCUUCUCCUUGCAGUGUCUUAGCUCUGGAGACAGUAUGUCAUUUUAAAAUUUUCAUUGCUAGGGAUUGUAGUGGUAAGUCCUAUGGAUUUGGGCAGUCUGCACUGGAUGUGCUUAUAAUAAAUAGAAGGGGAAAUACUGAAAAAAAAAUUAGCAGCUGUAAAAUUUCAAAGGGGAGAUUGAGGGCAAGGUAGUACAUCUCCCAGUUGGAACCACUUAUUGCUGGAGUUUCUCCAGAGGAACUUGACCAGGACUUCUCACCCCACGAGUUAGGCUUUCUCCAACUGAGCACAGGGAUGAAUAUGUGAAGCCAGAUAAGGAACCAGUCUUGAAAGUGAAUGAAGAUAGACCCACCUCUGUUAAAGUAACAAGGCUUAGUUUUCACGUAUGGAAAGGUGGGGCAGACACUUGUUAUCUAGAGAACUGACUGAAGCCCAGGCAUAGUGCAAUUAAAAACAUCUUUAGAGGAGAGAGGUAAGGGAAAUAGGGAACUGGAGAAUCAAAACUAGAAAUACAUACGUCUAGUCAAAGAACAUAUAUAUAU